AUGACUACAGCUCAGAACGAGGUCCACCUUGAGGAUUUCGGCAACAUCUUUUCGCUCGAUGGCAAGGUUGCCGUAGUGACGGGUGGCUCCAGAGGACUGGGACUCUAUGCCGCGUCUGGCUUGCUACAGGCGGGAUGUUCCAAGGUCUUCAUCACAUCACGCAAAGCCCAAGCCUGUCAAGAGGCGGUGGACGCGUUAAACGCAUUGCCGUCGAAAAGGCCCGGCGCCCAAGCCAUCUCGAUUCCGGCCGACUCUGCUUCGAUUUCCGAACUCGAGCGACUGGCGACCGAGAUCAGCAAGCACACCGACCACGUCGACAUCCUCUUCGCCAACGCCGGGGCGACCUGGGGCGCGCCGUUCGGGAAACACCCCCCCGACGCGUUCACCAAGGUGCUGAACCUCAACGUCAAGAGCAUCUACUACACGGUCCAGAUGCUGCAUCCCUUGCUCACGCGCAACGCCACCACCGCGAAUCCCAGCCGGGUCAUCAUCAACGCCAGCGCCGCGGGCAUCGGCGUGGGCAGCCUGGGGGAGAACGCGACCCACGCCUACUCGGUCUCCAAGGCGGCAGCGAUCCACCUGGCCAAAAUCCUCGCCGUCGAGCUGGGCCCCCAGGGCGUGGUUUCCAACGCAAUCUGCCCUGGGUUCUACCCUACUAAGCUGGCGGCAGGUCUCAUCGAAGCCACCGGCGGUCGUGCCGCCCAGGCCGCAAGGGCGCCCAACAACCGCCUCGGCGAGCCAGAGGACAUGGCCGGUCUGGUUGUUUUCCUCGCCAGUAGGGCCAGCGUUCAUAUCAACGGAGCCGUCAUCUCUACCGAUGGCGGCGCGAUCCAUGGCAGUUCGAAACUGUGA